CUUCUUCCGACGUAUCGUACCCCACCACCAGCAGUGCUAAAGAACAUUCGUUUCUCCUGGGAAUGUUCUAGAAGAUUCUCUGUAUUUCUUUCUUUCUCUCUCUCUCUCUCUCUCUAUCUUAAAACCGGUGCUCAGUAAUUAACUGCAGCCCGCCAAAAGGAAAUUCAAAAUAUUUUUGGAAAACCCCCGAAAGUAAACUAUCGUAAUUUCGUGUGCAAUUGCAUCAUAUGCAUAAAUAACAAUGAAAAGUUUACGUAGCAGCAGCCAAACCAAAGCACUUGCAUUAUCGGACAAACACUGAAGAAUAGAUUUGGAAUUGAUAGUUACUUCCCCUUAGCACAUUCCUACUGUUUGUUUUCACUUCCCACAUUCGUUUGUAAAAAAAUAUGGACUCGCAAUCGCACGGUUCCCGGCAGUCAAAAAGACAGCUGCAAAGGAAAAAGCUUACUCCUCUGAAUCUGGUGAAAAGUGAUGAUUGGCAAAGUAUGUUUAAAAUUGAAGAUGCUAAAAAGAUGAAGAAGUUUGAUGGUGUUGACGAUUCCAAGGCAAUGUUGAGUCGCAAAAAUUCAUCAACUGAUUUUGUUUUGGCAAGUUUGCUGGAAUUUCUGUGUUCAAUACAAGGAAAUGAUAAAAAAGCAUCUCAGUCAAAAUUCCAGGAUAUAUCCAGCUUCCUAAUUGACAAAGAUUUGCUAAAUCCAUCAAGUACUCUGGAUGAGUUUCAGGGUCUAAGAGCAAACAUUUCUAAGAUCCUUUUUAAUCUUUUAUUUUUCAAACAACUACAUAUUCCAUUAAAUAAAUUACCUCAAAAUAUUCAAGUAUAUGAACGUUAUGAAGUUGAAUUUGAGGAUGUAGGUCCUAUUGGCCAAGGUGGAUUUGGCUCAGUGCGUCAGGCAAUCAAUAAACUAGAUGGACGAAAUUAUGCUAUCAAAAAAAUUUGGCUAAAAGAUAAUGAAAGCACCAUUGAAAUAAAGCGAAUACUUGAUGAAGUAAAAACUUUAGCUAGUUUGAAACACAAAAAUAUUGUUGGGUACAAUUCUGCUUGGUUAGAACAGGACAUUUUUAUGACAGAUCCAUCAAAUGAAGGUCCAGAGAUGGAAUGUUUUUCCUACUCAGGUUUAACCCCUAAUGCAGGCUUUCAGAAAUUAAAUAUCAAAGAAUUAGACUCAUCUUCCAAUUCAAGUGAUAUCUCUGAAAGCUCUGAUAAUCAACUUUGUAACUCUCAAGGAUCUCCGGUAAUUCAGUAUAAAUCCUGUAAAACUCUGUAUAUACAAAUGGAACUUUGUGAACAAACAUUAGAAGACUGGCUGAACUCCAGAAACAGAGAAGAUGAUAAACCGCUAAUUGAGCGUAUUGAUGCUGUAAAUAAUCUGAAAAUUCUCCAAGAAACUGUGGAAGGUUUAGAAUUCAUACAUUCCAGAGGAAUUAUUCACAGGGACAUAAAGCCUGCUAAUAUUUUCUUACAAGAGAACUUCUCAGUAAAGAUAGGAGAUUUUGGCUUGGCUAAAAGAAGUUACUCAAGUGAUUCCGAUGUAUCCAAAGAAAAUUUUGUUUCCCUUUCUGUGGGGGUUGGUACAUCAACUUACUCAGCACCUGAACAGCUAAACUCUUCAAAUUAUGACACAAAGUCAGAUAUAUACAGCCUUGGCCUAAUCGUAUACGAACUAUAUUACUCUUUCGCUACUAUGUUUGAACGUUCAGAUUUGUUCCAUGUUUUGAAAGAAAAUUCUAAAAUAGAUGACUUUGUAAUACAGAACUUCCCUGAUCAGGCUGAACUAAUCAAGAAAAUGACAAAAAAAGAUCCUGCUGAACGGUUAACUGCACAAAACAUCUUGAGCCAAUACUUAUGUACUUCAAAAGAUGAUAUUAUCAGAGAGCAAAAGAAAGAGAUUGCCUAUCUAAGAAACAAAUUAAAAGAAUUAGAAUUAAAAGUACAUAGUUAUGAAGAGAGAGAGCUUACAGAAAAAUGAAACCACGUCAAUUAAGAAAGGUGACAAGUCUCUUUUGAAGAACUUUCAGGUGUAAUCCAAUUAUUUCAUCCCUCUUUACACCUUUUGCAACUCCUUCCACCAAGGAACCAAAGACAGGUGCACCUCUGUGUGGUCUACUGGAAAUAGCAGUGAAAUUUCUUUUACAUGACUCAUUUUUUUAAAAAAUGAUAUACUGGACAAUGUAAUCCAGUGUACACAAUGCCUGAAAGACAGGAUGGUCAUGUCUGGAAGUCUUUUGAUCAUAUGUCAGCUUUAUCACUCAAGGCUGACCUGGGACUAAGCACUACCAACAAUUUGCCAGAAUAUCUUGAAAUGAAAUGCUUAUUUUUUUGCUUCAGUAAUAGUGUAUAAAAGAUGGACAUGUAAACUUCCACUUGCACUUUAAAGAUUUUAAAACUUUCUAUCAAAUUAAUUUGCUUUUUAAUCUAAAAUUCCCAUAAAAUUUUUAUAUUCCUUUCGUUAACCUCAAAAAAGAUUACCAAAUAUCUUCAUUUCACACAAGAUAAACAUUUUGUUAUAAAUUAGUUUAGAUCUGGUAUGUUUGCAAAGAGUUUAUAAAUUUCAUGUCUCCAUUUUCUAGAAAGGUUUUACCUUUUCUGUAUUCUAGGUUUUUAAUUGAAAAUACCUUUUGCAGAAUUCCAUCCUCUCUAGACUGGCAGCAAUAAGAAAGCUAGUUGUAGAUAAAUAUUUUGUGAGAACAGUUCAAGCCAUGUAUCAAGGUGCUUAAAGCAGAAUCAUCAUUUAACUGCCACUGUUCCAGGUUUGCUUGGACCAGACCGAAUUCAUUGAGGCAGAUUUUCUAAGGCCAGAUGCCCUUCCUGCCACCAAACCUCACCUGUUACCAAACAAAGUAGUAUUUCCCAUUGUUGGACAUAUUUUUUUAUGGAAGACUGGAAAUGAGCAACACCACUUGUAUGAUAGGAUGCUCAUUCAUAAUCAUUAGGUGAUGUCAAGACAAGGAUAUGCACAAACACAUGCACACACAAACACACACACACACACACACACACAAGGUAUCUGUCACACACACACACACACAAGAAAUACCUGGUGGUGAAACAUAGGAAAUACAAGGGGAAAUGUCCAUAUUGUAAGGCCAGCAAUUUCGUGGGGAGGGAUUAAGUUGAUUACAUCAACCCCGGUGUUCAACUGGUACUUAUUUUAUCAAUCCCAAAACGAUGAAAAGCAAAGUCGAUCUCUGGGCAGAAUUUGAAAAA